UCUGCGGCCUCGUCUCUUCAAGUUGUUACAGUAGGAAAGGAUGGAGCACUAGCAUACUCGCCUGAUACGCUCACAGCCGCCGUCGGCUCCCAGGUCGAGUUCCAAUUCUUCGGCCCUACGCACUCAGUUGUCCAAGCAUCGUUUGACCAGCCAUGCAUUGCAUUCAAUGAUGGAACCGGCUUCUUCGCUGGCUUCACUACCAAUGGUAAUGGCCCGAAUCCGACUUCCUUCACCAUUACCAUCAACGACACGAAGCCAAUCUGGUUCUACUGCGGUUUCCCGGGCCAUUGCGAGGCGGGAAUGGUUGGAGUGAUCAACCCAUCCUCGAACAAGUCGGAGACGCUCGACAUCUUCAAGUCCAAUGCCGCCAACGUCGGAAAGAGCACAACACCCAAGCAGCAGCAGGGAGGCAAGUUCGGUGCUUUCGUAACCCCCUCCAGCGGUCCCUCCAGCGGCCCCUCCAGCUCUUCUUCCGGCGCUUCGUCGACGGCGGGCUCUGCUGCCUCGCAGACGAGCUCCAGCCCGACACACUCGGCGACU